GUGUAGUAGUGACAGCUUGGCGGUUGUCGAGAAAUAMAUGUGUAACCAGAUAUAGGUGGCWUCUGCYWAAUGGAUAGCCUGCAAUCCAACUGCUUAUUUAGCUUCUUGUAGUUUGCCUAGUCAUGCACAUAYUGUAACUGGGUCUGGAGCUGUUCAAACCUGCUGCUUCAUAUCUGUGCGAGCGUGCCUUGCAGAGCUGAGGGAAGCGCGAGCCGAAGCAACGGUUGUCGGAGCGCGAUCAGACCAACAAGUGGUGUAGUUGGAAGCGGCUCUCGUGGCAUGACUACUACAAACAAGGGAAACAAAGCCUUGAAGGUGAAGAAGGAGCCAGGGGAGAAUGGGACCAGCCUCACGGACGACGAACUGGUGACCAUGUCUGUCCGGGAGCUCAACGCUCACCUCCGCGGCCUCACCAAGGACGAAAUCCUGCAGCUCAAGCAGCGGCGGCGCACCCUGAAGAACCGUGGCUACGCCGCCAGCUGCCGCGUCAAGCGGGUCACCCAGAAGGAGGAGCUAGAGAAGCAGAAGACGGCGCUGCAGCUGGAGGUGGACAAGCUGGCCACAGAGAACGCCACCAUGAAGGUGGAGCUGGACUCGCUGCGCUCCAAGUACGAGGCCCUGCAGAGCUUCGCCAGGACUGUGGCGCGCAGCCCGGCCGUAGCCUUAACCCCAGGGGGUCGGGGGGUCAUGGGGCCCCUGGUCCCUGGGAAGGUGGCCACGGCCACCAGCGUCAUCACCAUCAUCAAGUCCAAGACGGGAGCCAGGUCGUAGUAUCGGGGCUGGGUGGCGUGGAGAGUUAUCAGACUAAUGAAACAACGUGUACUAUAGUCACUGUAUCAUCAUGGAGCACAGGAUUAGUUCCCUUGUCUGUCUUUUGGGCCAGAACACACAACACAACCCCCCAGACCUUUGUACCAGCUAGUAACAYUCUUUCAAUUGGCCAGCAGCAGAGGCCACACCAACCCUUAUCAGACACCCUUUAGUAGGAUAAACUGCCUUGGCACUGUACAAGCAGAAAUACAUACACCAGAGGAGGCUUGUCGGAGGAGCUAUAGGAGGACGGGCUCAUUGUAAUGGCUGGAAUGGAAUAAAUGAAACGGGAUCAAACACAUCAAACAUAUGGAAACCACAUGUUUGACUCUGUUCCAUGAAUUCCAUUCCAGCCAUUACAAUGAGCCUCCGCUGGAAUAUACACAUCCGUCCUCUAUAGUGUAUUUUCACAUACUGGAUUCCAAAAGGUUAAACGUCACGUGAGUCCAGGAAGGUCGUACGACGCAGCCCAAUCCAUAAUUGAUGUCACUCCAUCUGGUGUUGGAAGUGGAGCUCUCGAUUGAUUUGUGUGUUUUUGUACAUGGUACUAAGUGUUUGAGUGUUUGUUUGUUUCCUCCAGAUGGCCCCUCUUUGAGUCUUUUCYGUCCCGACACAGGAUUUUGAUGUGGAAAUGCACUCUUUCAUAACUACUAGCCACCAACAGUCUAGCCACACCCGGUUGUCAUUAUGCUUCAACUUCUUAGCCCUCUCUCCGUUUCACAAGUGGAGAAAGAGUGAUUGCACUUAGCAACAAGCCUGGGCCUGUUAGAAUGCACUGACUACUAUGAGAAGAGGGAAAUGCACUGUAUGUUAUUGAUGUUCUUUGAGUGAACAGCCUUCAGUAAGGACUAGUAACUCACCCAUCAGACCAGUUCAUGUGAUUUUAGUUGGUAAAACAAACUAAACAGGAACUUCUGUUAAGUUGAGCAUUUAUUUAGGUUCAGUUCAGCCUGUCACUGAAUUACCAACAGGAGAUGCAAUAACACACACAUGCACUGAGACAUAGGAGAUGUCUCUUACAUAGUUUAAUGGAAGUGGAAUGAGUCAAUCUGAUCGGCAAAAUAAUACAAAGCUACUUGGUAUGGGAUGAUGAUGAUG